AGAGACAAAAUAUAAUGUAUUUCCUCCAUCUUUGGACAUUUCUUACGCUUCUGUUGUAGUCGGACACAGAUAUUAUUUUCAGCUUCUUGUGUCUGCAGUGAGUGAAUUGUACUCUUUUAAAACAUCCAGACUGAGAUUUCCUCGUUUUUUCUUAAAAGGAAUUUGGGGAGAUUCGAGUUGGGAUGGAGAAUAAUCAGCAAUCGUUUUGGCACUUCAGUGAUCAGCUUCGGGUACAGGCCUCGAAUUUGGCGAACCUUUCGGUCAACGAGUCCGUUUGGGGCACUAAUCAAGGGACGAAGAUGCCCAACGAAAGGAGGAAUUUUGAUAUUAGGGUUGGUGGAGAGCUUAAUUCUCUGAGAAACUUGAAUCCAAAAGGUUCCGAAUUUAAUGGGUUAAGUGAUGGGUGGAACAGUCUCAAGCUUAAGGGAUCUGAGCUUAAUGGAAGCGAUGAUGGGUCGAACAGUCUCAAGCCAAAAGGAUCUGACAGAUUCAACGAUGGGUGGAACAGUCUGAAGUCAAAGGGGUCUGAUUUCAAUGGAGUCAAUGAUGGCUGGAGCAGUCUGAAGGAGGCGGCGUCUGGUUUCAAUGAUGGCUGGAGUAAUCUGAAGACAAAGGGAUAUGAUUUCUACGGAAUCAAAGAUCAGUGGAGCGAUCUGAAGUCGGAGGGGUCUGAUUUCAAUGGGAUCACUGAUGGUUGGAACAGUUUCAAUCCGAAGAUGACUGAUUUUAAUGGGUCCAAUGAUGGAUGGAAGACUGCGCUUAGCGGCACUGGAAAUGAUCCAGUAUAUGGCGGAUCUCAGAAGAUUGCUGGGAUCAAUGGUGGCUUCAACAAAGGGAUUUAUAAUAUUGAUGUGAAGGGGUUCAAGAGUGGUGUUAAGGGUGAGGAUGAUCGUGGAGGAAAAGCUGGGAAGAAGAAUGGCAAUGGUAAUAAGAAGAAUAGUGGUGAGAAUAAUAAUGAUAGCAAGGACAGUAACGGUGCUUUGGACAAGAGGUUCAAGACACUUCCGCAAUCUGAGUCUCUGCCUAGGAAUGAAACCGUCGGUGGGUAUAUCUUUGUCUGCAACAACGAUACUAUGCAAGAGAAUCUCAAAAGACAGCUCUUUGGUCUGCCUCCACGUUACCGAGAUUCAGUUCGGGCUAUAACUCCGGGCUUGCCACUCUUCCUUUACAAUUACUCCACUCACCAACUCCAUGGAAUUUUUGAGGCUGCAAGCUUUGGAGGAACAAACAUUGAUCCAACGGCUUGGGAGGACAAGAAGUGCCCCGGCGAAUCACGCUUCCCUGCUCAGGUUCGAGUUCUUACCAGGAAACUCUGUGAGCCAUUGGAGGAGGACUCCUUCAGGCCAAUUCUUCAUCAUUAUGAUGGCCCUAAAUUCCGGCUCGAACUAAGCAUACCGGAGGCACUUUCUCUCCUGGAUAUAUUUGCAGAACAAAACGCUUGAGCAACAGACUACAUAUGCAUGCACACUGAUAUGAGUACAGAAAAGAGCUGGUGAAAGAAUAGCAGAAUAAAAAGUUGGUGGGACACUAGUAUUUCAGAAUUCGAAGGGAAUUUUGGAGAGAAAAUAUAGAUGAUGCUACCUGUGUGAUUUGUUAAUUAGCUUGUCUUUGUAGAGGAUGUUAAAGGUUGUCCUCUUUGUUCUUCCUGCCGUAUACUGUAUACGUAAGUGAACGUGACAAAAAGAUAAACUUUAUUUAUGGUGUGUAAUAAUAAAUCGAGGAUGCAUAAAAAUUUCUAA